GUCACAAAUACAAAAAUGAACAUUUCAUUGAUGUCAUAACAGUGUGUUUGUCACAAUGUGAAAAUGAUCAUUAUGUUGUUGGCCGCUGUUUUGUGUUACUUGGCAACGACCAAACAUCGGAACUGUUUUGAAGCUACAGACACACCUUGAGAAAAAAUGGGUUUCACAUUGCUAAAGACCUUUGAUUCAUGAAGCAACUAUUCGGCAACAGUUUAGUCCUGCAAGGAAUGCGUUGAAUUCAUUCAAGAAAGCUUUGCGACAUCCAUGGUAAGGGUCCAAGCAUGGACACAUUUUGCUAGCCAGAAAAUGCCUCCAGUAGACUACAACAUCACUGAUACGUUUAUUAUUAAUAACCAGUAGGAUAUCAUCUAUGUGUCUGUCGUAUGUCCUUGUGAUCAGGUAGCUACCUCAAUCCAUCCAUCCACCCACCACAUUCAUUCAUUCAUCCAUUGAGACGAUUUUAAUUUCCCCUAAUGCCAGUCUGUCCCUACUUUGGUUGUGCUCAGGUGUAGCAGAAGAUGGCAAAAGGCUAUGCAGCACUUAUCAAGGAAGCCACUCUGCUCCUUGACAAGUUCAAUGCAGACAAACAGUGUGUGGAGGAAUUUACAGAGGAUGCUUCAAAGGCCAUGGAGGUAACUGGAUGUGAUGUGUAUGUGAUGUGAUGGAUUAAUUAAUGUCAUGCCCUAUAAUGUAGCAUAAAGAUAGGGAAAGGAGAUCAUUGAUACAAUUAAUGGUCAGACCAGAGCCAUAUACUGUAUAUCUAUACCAUACUACCGCUUCGGUAUUACAUACAUUUCAGAUAACAGUCAGUUUGUCUUUCUUACCACCAGAACCUGGAUGCCUUGGAUAGGAAGUUUAUACUGGAUAUAAUUUCUGGAUGCAUUGAGCAAAAAAAGUUAUUGGAUGUUGUCAUCAACGUCUUUUAUGCUCAGAAUGGGAAAUGCUUACUGAAGGCUGAUCGUAACCAGUUAGCCAGUAAGUUCAUCACAUAAUUUCAAGCAUACAUUAUUUUCAACAAGUUCAGAAUUCUAGAUAAUGUUGAUUUUGUUGUUGUUUUAAAUUUGUUAUGAAUGAAUAGGAAUUCCAUUUCAAUGCUGGAGGGGUGGGGGGGGGGGGGGGGGGGGGGGGGGGGGGGGGCAUUGCUUUCAAAAGCAUGAUCUGACCAUUUGUCUCUUCUAUGUUUGCUAUAUUUGUGUUCCACAGUAAUCUGUUACUUCAGCAUGUUCCUCAUUGAUGACAUUGGACUGCUGUGCUUCAGCAAGAUUGUCAACUCUUUGGACAUUACAAAGAUGCACAAAGUGAGAAACUUACAUUUUCUGUGAUCUAAUGACACUUCGGAUGUUAGGAUGCAACAACAAUGCAAUUACUUCACAGUUUGGGUUAAUGUUAUGGCUCAUGAAAUAAAUCAACUUUCUCUGCCAAUCCAGUCGCUCACCCUUAUAUAGAGGGGGUCAUCUGUGUGGUAUUUUUUGUGUCAUUAAGUUGAGUGUCAAAAAUGUUAGCCUAUUAAAGGCCCAGUGCAGUCAAAAACGUGAUUUUCCUGUGUUUUAUAUAUAUUUCCACACUAUGAGGUUGGAAUAAUACUGUGAAAUUGUGAAAAUGAUAAUACCCUUUUAGUGUAAGAGCUGUUUGAAAAGACUGCCAGAAAUGUCAGUAUGUUUUGGUUGGAUGAAGUUUUGGCCUGCAUGGUGACAUCACCAGGCGGUAUAUUAGCUAAUAGAACAAUACGAAAGAGAGUUCCAAACCUCUCUGCCAAUAACAGCUAGUUUUCCGUUUUCCCAUCCCUACUCAGACCACUCCCUGACAAGCCUAGCUAAAUUAGUGCUUGAGAAAUUGCUCUUUGCUGAGAAGCUAUUUUUGUUUAUUUUUGACCAUUUUAAUUUAAAACAAUACAGUAAGGUACUUAAUUGUUACCCAGAAAUUAUUUGAUAUUGAGAUAAAAACGGCUGCAUUGGACCUUUAAUGUAAUGAAACCGUACAUGAACUGUGAAUGACAGUAUAAAUUAUGAUUUGGCAGUUCCUGAGUUUCUUCUUCAACAUCACAAACCUCAGUACCUGGAUCCAGGGGGAGUGGAGUCAGAUCUAUGAUGCUGCCUAUGUGGAGAGGAACUGGAUUAUCCCACUGCUAAGGUACAGCACUGUAAAGACAUUUAUGUUAUACCUAAAGACAUUGAAUCACCACUUAUUCUGUAUUGUUUUGUUGUUGUCUUUUUGAUGUCUUGUUGCUGUCUUGCUCUUUGCUCUCUCUUUUUCUAAUAUAUACAAUUAUCACCCACUAGGUGGCGCCCUGAGAUUGAGAUUCUGAUGGCUCAGCUUGCAUCCAGAAUGUCUAGAGGGAGUCAAUUUAAGAAAGCCACCAAGAAAAACACUGAGCCCCAGGAGUUUUCACUUACCAAACCAAAAGCUCGCCCUCUCCCUGCACCUGAGCCCAUCCCCCUGCAGGAGAAACACCAGCCGGUCAGUUUCAAGUUUUGGUUUUACCAUAGGCUCCCACAUGAAAAAAUACUACAGUUUACUAUAGAAACUACAGUAUUUACUAUAAAAGUAUGUAUAAUGUAGAAUACUAUACACUCGAUCAUGUGUAGUACUUACUAUAGAAUGUUGUAGUAUACUGUAGAACACUAUAGUAAAUACUACAGUAUUAUCCAGAGAAAACAAACCUGUAGUAAAUACUACAGUAAUGUCCACAAAAACACUACAGUCUGCAAAAACACCACACUUUUUAAACUAUAGUAAAUACUACAGUAUUUAAUUUGCAUAUACCCUGCCCAUUCCCCUCCCCCAUAUCCCAAUUUGUGCCACCCAUAAGCGAGAAGCUUACAUGCCAAGUAUAGACCAUAUAUUGUGUUCCAUACAGGUUAUAGAAAAGAACGGAAGCGCUGAAUUAUAUGUUCAGCUCCCAGUCCUGCCUACAGGUUCUGGAAAAUGUGCUCUUUUAGUAUUUCUCCAGUAGGUUUCCUCAAGGAAAAAGCCCCCACUUCUAUGUUAAAGAUAAUAAAACAAAACCCCUAUGGUAAAUACUGCAGUAAUGUCUGCAAAAACACUACAUUAUGUUGAAGUUGGCAAAAAUGCUACAGUAAAUAAUACAAUAUACUACAAAAAGACUACAUACCUUUUAUUUAACCAGGUAGGCCAGGUGGGAACAAGUUCUCAUUUACAACUGCGACCUGGCCAAGAUAAAGCAAAGCAGUGCGAUAAAAACAACAACAACACAGAGUUACAUAUGGAAUAAACAAAACCUACAGUCAAUAGCAGAAAAUCUAGUGUGUGCAAAUGUAGUAAAUUAUGGCGGUAAGGCAAUAAAUAGGCCAUAGUGCAAAAUAAUUACAAUUUAGUAUUAACACUGGAGUGAUAGAUGUGCAGAAGAUGAUGUGCACAUAGAGAUACUGGGUUACUAUAGUGUAUAAUACAGUUCUUUUACUACAUUAUUUAUACUAUAGUAUUCACUGUACCACAAAAACACUACAUUGAAUAUUACAGUAAAGCCUGCAAAAACACUACAGUGAAUACCAUAGUAUACUAUAGUAUUUUUUAAUGUGGGCUACCACUGCACAAUGGUGCUUUUUUUAUUUGGAAACAUUGAACUCUCAGGUCCAAAGUCAGAACCUUAUUGACACAAUAUCAUAAUAGAUAGGCUAUUCUAUUUUUAUAACCUUCAUAGUGAGAGCUGCUUAUUGUUUCAUAGGUACCAACCAGCACCUACAGUGCUCCAAAAGAGAAGCAGGUCAUGGAGGAGGUCAAACAGAGGAACCGUCAGAAGGCAGAGGUAUGUUGUGUCUGGUAUCUUAUUUUGACACAUGUAGUUUUCUCCUGCACUCAUACAUGCAAUAAACCCCUGUUUCCUUUUCCACCCACAGCAAGUCCUGUAUGAGGCCAAUACUCAACAGUUCAAGUGUGCAAACCCACAAAAGUCUGAGCGCACCAAGGUAGGUGAAUGUUCCAUGUAAGAGAUUUUCAAAUAAAUGUUCUUGCUUCAAGGUUUUUUCUUCUAUAUGGGUAUCCUGUUUCCAUCCAUGCUGAAUCAUACUGUACUGUAUGAUUUACAGAGUGUCAUGUCUCAGAUUGUACGAAGCCAUGACGCCCAGCUCAAGUUUGAUUCACUCCACACCUCUGGAACCCCAGCCACCCAUAAGGUAGCUCUCACAUGAUACAGAAAUAAUAUACAGUAACUGACUGACACAAUUGUCUAUGUGCAUAUACCCAUGUGUAUUUGUAUAUUUCCACCAGCCUAACAACCUGCCCAUCAGACUCAACACCACGGCCAUCCUGCGGGAGGGGGCUCUGUAUAACCGUCAGGUGGAGGAGGAACUACGCAGGUACAACACAAUAUAAUCCCUACAUCUGUGCCUCAUAUAUCAGUUGUGCCACUGUACUUCAGGAAUGAAUCACUAUGCCAACUAUAUAGUUGACAUAUUUGACAUAGAAAACUAGCUGGGUUAGUGGGACACUUAUGACGGCAGCUAGAGUGGAGAGGUAUAAUAAUGUGUGCUGUCUGUGUUACUGUAACACAGGAUGGAGCAGCUGGUGGAGGGGGCGGGCGAGCCCUCCUCGUUCCUACAGUGGCAGAAGGAGAUGCGGGAGCGUGACCUCCAGGAAGAGCUGGCCCAGGUGGAGCGUCGCCGUCUGGAGGGUCGCAUCAGCUACGAGGAGGCUGCUCUCGCCCGCACCCGCAUCAUGGAGCGCAACCAGAAGACUGCACUGCUAAAGAAGGAAGAGGUGUGUGUUAUUAGAGUUCAUUGUUCAUGUGUUCAUAGUGUUAUCCAGUUUUGGAAUCAUUGAAUCGUUGAGAAAAGGUCAUUGGCUAUAUUAAGUGUUCCUGUCUUUGUGUUUUUGAUUGAGCCUGUCUUGUUUAUGAUUGUUUGCAGACUGCCAAGCUGAUGCAAAGAUACGCAAACAAGCGGUUGCAGGAGGAGAAAGAGAUGAGAGACCUGGUGCAACAGGUGGCAGAUGGACACAAAAACUCAAAAGCAGCUAAAGUGAAGUUGCAGGAGUUCAAACAGCGUAUAGGUGACUAAACUAUAGCAUGACAUCACCCCGUUCCUACAUAAUGUACCCUUUCUCAUCCUUAGUUCAAUUACACCUGCUUUGGUGUUGUAGUGCAACAGACAGUGCUUGGCGAAUUGGGGUCUCAUUUCUGUGUGCUUUUGUGUACGUUUGUGUUCCAGUAAAGGAAGUGUCGGAGCAGAGUCGGGAACUCCUUCGUCAGGCCCUGGAGGAAGCACAGGCAGAGCUGAGCAGGAAGUUUGAGAUCAUCCGUCAGAUCCGGACCAUUGAGUCUGUCCCCCUCAUCAGGCACAAGUUUGUGGAUGAAACAGAGGUGAGCAGGGGAAUGGAUCUUGCCAACAUAAUAGAGCAGGGUUUCCCAACUGGCGGCCCGCCGGCCGAAUUUGGCCCGCAGGUGGUUUUAUUUGCCCCCCCAAGUUUUCGAAUAAAAAAAUAUAUUUAUAAAAACACCAGGAAAUCAGCUUCAAGUGAUUUUAAUUUGGUAAAUCUGUUCCCAAGUAUUUCCACGAAUAAUAGAGAGACACGUGAUCAUAAGCAAAUGGAAACAAGAUUUAUGUUUUAUUCCAAUAUUAUAUCUGUUUGGGCUACUUGCGGUUAAUUUGCAGUCUACAAAUUAUUUGUAAUUAAGUUGUGGCCCCCCGACCAUCGGCCUGCGGCUGAAUCUAGUUGAUGAUCCCUGUAAUAGAGUAUAAAGGCAUUUUGCUGGGUUCUGUCAGGAGAAGGUUGACUUGACUUUUAUGAUGAACAAUAUACUGUAUUCUGACCUCUCCCUGUCUCAGACAGCAGGACAUGACCUGCUUGGGGAGAUGUCCCUGGCUGAGCUGCGGGAGCGUCUGGCCAUGCUGAGGGAUGCAGAGCAGAGAGAGCAUCAGGACAGGAGGGGGCGCAUCCUGGAGGACAAGAAGAGCAGGGAGCAGCUUCUGCUGGAGCAGCUAGACACCAUCGCACUCCACAGGACAGCCCUGGGACAGGCUGCUGCACGCAGGUCAGAGCAACUAAGACGCUUGCAUACCUGGCAUGCACGCACAAGGCAUGUCUGAGAUGUACAGUAUCCUAAUGUGCAUAUGGUGUGAGGCAGGCAGGAGGAGAGGAGAGCAAGGCAGGAGCUGCAGCAGGGAGUAGCUGAGGACGAGAGGGUGGUGGCUCUGCAGAGAAGGCUGGAGGAGAGGCAGCAGGAGCGCCAAAGGCUGAAGCAGCGCGAGAAAAACAAAGCCAAGAUUAGUGAGCAAUCUGCCACUCAUGCCCUCAAUAGCUGGAAUCACAGGAUGGUAAGCAUAAACAUAAAUAUUUCAAGCUGUGUUUGGAUUUGCUAGAUGUUCAAUAACCAACUUAUCAUGCUCUCAUCCCAAUCCGCUGUGUGUGUGUGUGUGUGUGUGUGAGAGCAGCAAACAAUGGAGGAACAACACUGGGCCAAUUUGGAGCGAAGCUUGGAGCGUCAGGUCCAGCAGGAAGCUCCUAACACUCUCUCCAGAAGAAAAUACUCAAGGCCUAGACAUCAACUCAUCUCCUAGCAUAAGGACCAUAUUGCAUGUUGACUCCAAGUCUUUGAGAAGCCCUAAUUUCAUAUAAGAAGUACAACAUGCAUUUUGUAUUUACUUUUAAGGCUACUACUGCUACUGUUAUCAAGAGGAUGUGAGCAUGUCAAGUUGAAAACAAAAAAUAAUGCAACAAUACAAAUAUUUUGUUGUGCUCUUAUGCCACUGUAUAAUUAAAGUGAACCCAAAUAUUUUAA